UCCAGAAGCACUAAUGGAGAAGGACGUUGACGGCUGCCAGGAUGGGGCCAAGAUAGAGCCAAGCACCAAGCUGGGCACCGAGGGGACAGAGACACAGCUGGACGAUUUUGUGGGUCCUCACCCUGACUACAAUGAGGAGGAAGAAGAGCAGAAGUACUUUCGCCGCAAACGCCUCGGUGUCAUCAAGAACGUGGUGGCUGCCAGCCUGGCUGGUACUCUCACUUACAGCGUCUACCUGGGUCUGCUUCAAAUGCAGCUGAUCCUUCACUAUGAUGAGACCUACCGGGAGGUGAAGUACAGCAAUAUCCGGUUGGAGGACAUUGACCGCAAGGUGCUGAUGGGCAUCAACGUCACACCCGUGGCAGCACUGCUCUACACACCCAUCCUCAUCAGGUUCUUUGGCACCAAGUGGGCCAUGUUCCUGGCGAUUGGCAUCUACGCCCUCUUCGUCUCCAGCAACUACUGGGAGCGCUACUACACGCUGGUGCCCUCUGCAGUGGCCAUUGGCAUGGUGAUCGUGCCCCUCUGGGCCUCCAUGGGCACCUACAUCAUGCGGAUGGCCCAGAAGUACUAUGAGUACAUUAACUACAAGGAGGAGCAGGAGAAGGAGAAGCAGCGGGCACCACGGGACGCCUGCAAUGCCUACAUCAUCAUCUUCCAGACUGUCUUCUACUCCUGCUUCCAUUUGAGCUUCGUCUGCGCUCAGAUGCCCAUGGUCUUCUUCCUCAACAACUACCUCUACCAACUCAACCACACGCUCUUUGCAGUGAAGCACUGCGGGACCCUGAGCCACGGCACACUGCCUGGGUUCAACAAGACGGUGCUGCAGAGCCUUCCCCGCAGCGUCAACCUCAUCAUCGUGGAGAGCGCCUUGAUGGGUGCCGCCUUCCUCGCCAUGCUGGUGGUGCUGGUGCUGUGUGGCGCGGCGUACCGGCCCAUGGAGGAGAUCGACAUGCGCAGCAUCGGCUGGGGCAACAUCUUCCAGCUGCCCUUCAAGCACAUGCGGGACUAUCGCCUGCGGCACCUCUUCCCACUGUUCAUCUACAGCGGCUUCGAGGUGCUCUUUGUCUGCACUGGAUUUUCCCUGAACUACGGCGUGUGCGCGCUCGGGCUGGAGAGGCUGGCAUAUCUCCUCAUGGCCUACGGCUUCUCCGCCUCGGUGUGCUCCAGCCUGGCCCUGUGCAUGCUGCGCCUGCGCCGGCACAUCCCGCUCCUGGCUGGAGCCCUCAUCCACUCUGUGCUCCUGGUGACGCUCUUCUGCUGGGCGCCGGAGCCCCGGUGUCUGGCGCAGGCACCGCUGCUCUACAGUAUUGCCGCGCUCUGGGGCACCGGCAGCGCCCUCAACAAGACCGGAAUCAGCAUCCUCCUGGGGAUGUUGUACAAGAAAAAGGAGCGCCAAGACUUCAUCUUCACCAUCUACCACUGGUGGCAGGCCUUGGCUAUCUUCACCGUCUACCUGUGGUCGGGGCUGCCCAUGAAGGCCAAGCUGUCUAUCAUGUUGCUGACGCUGGUAGUGGCGGUGGGGACAUACCUGUGGAUGGAGCGGAAGGUGGCGUGGAACAUGGAAGUCCGGCUGCCCCGUAUCCCACGCCCACGCCACAAAACACGUGGAUACCGCUACCUGGAAGACAACUCGGAUGAGACUGGCUCUGACGGUGACGGGGACAAGGAGGAUGAUGACAGGCACCCAACUGAGGCCACCAGGGAAGACGAGCUGCCAAAAGAGGACGGGGAGCUGCUGGGAUAAGGACAGCCUGUUCUGGGCCCCAUCCUGCUCUUGGUA